AUGCGUAUUCUUGCCGACGUUGCGGGUGAUGACUAUUCAUUGAUACCAAUGGAGUGCGGCAAUGGCGAUGUGAUGGUUAAGCCCGGCGUGAGCCCUCGUGUUGGUGGGGGGGGCGGGGGGGAGGGAGGGCGCCUACUUGCGGCGGCGGCGCAGGCCGUCCUCCUCGGGGUGCGCGGCGUUGUACUCGAGCGCGCGCAGGAUGGCCUCUGGGAUGGGCGGCGGCGUGGGCAGGUGCGCGCCCUGCGCGCGGAAGCCGCCCUCGUCCGCCGUGUAGGUGACGGUGUACUGCACGCCGUCGGGGCCCGUGUACGAGUAGGCGCCCUGCGCCACCUGCGCCUCCAGGUAACUUGCGUAUGA